GAAUGUCUUCCGUGCCUGUUGCUGUGACUCCCCACAAAAUCAUCAACAGGAGAAGCCUGAAUGACUCGUCUAAUCUGGAUGUCAGCGACUGCCUAGAUCUGUCCAUCAAGGAGUUCUUCGUGAUCAUGUUCUAUCCAGACAGCGAUCCGGGCAACGAGUACGAAAUCCGGAGCGAAAAGGACCUAGUGGACACGUGGGAUGUCCUUGAGAAAGGAGUGACUGUCAUUGUCAAAUUCGGGAACGCCAAGGUACAGGGGACCGUACUAGCUGUUUCAGAUGAUAUUGAAUAUCUAGAAUCGAAUUUCCUGAUGAUUACAGAGGAACAUCAAGAUAUGGUGAUACGUGCGACGAUAAGAGAACACAUCAAAAAUGAAACUAUUUCCAAUGAUAAGCCUAUUAUCUGCUUUUUUGAUAAAGGAACCCAAACAGAGCGGACAAAAGUAGCAAAAACCAACACAUCAAACGAGGAUUACCUGGAACUGAAGAAAAAAUACGAGGAACUGAAAUCUGACUUCGAUAAAUUUACAUCGCUUUUCUCAGAUGUGAAGCUAAAUUUAGAAGAUACGAUGGCGAAACUACAAGGAUUCAACAUUGGAAAAAAUAACAACGGACAUUUUUCGUAUUCACCUGUAUCGUCAAGUACCCAUGAAAAAGUGCUGAAACCGAUAGAAAAUAUCUCUGACAACGUCGAUUGUUUCAACAAAAUGAUUCAAAUCGGCUCUUCAGGAACCAAAAUAGCCAAAAGUACAUAUGAUUCCAUAAACUGGAACAGUUACACAGCAGCCACUCGCAAACUUUUGAUCACCCUGUUCCCUAGGAAGGUACUAGCGACUCAUUCCCUCACUGGAAAACCAAGCCCAGCUUUCCUCACGAGUGACAAACAAAAGAAAAUGAGGCUUGAUGCUACGAUAAUCUCGGACAUCGUGGAAUUGAUAAGCAAAAACUGCAAAGUGUCAGAAUCUUUGGUGAGGAAUGUAAUCACGACGAAAUGUGCUGACGAAAAUAAAAUGUACAGGAAACGGAUGCAGAAAAGACGGCAAAGUGAUGCCGAAAACGACAUUGAUGAGAAUGAAAAAACGAACAUUUAAAAAUGGUUCUCAAAUUUAGUUAUUGAUAUUUUUACUCAUCGUUUACGACAUAUUUUUCUGCAAUUAUCAUAUUACAAAGUUGAAACAUUGAGCCGUAACCAUUUUUAGAUUCUUCCUGGAGAGCUGAUUUCAUCAAUAUAUAGGGUGUUCAAAAUCGAGAUUUUUCAAUUCAUGUUUUUUUGUGUGGAAACUAUUGAUUAUCGCUCAAAACGGC